GCGCUGUGGUUCGUCAGUUGAGUUCUGUCCUUCGCGCCGGGUGGAUGCUAGACCUGCUUUCGUCGAUUCUUCAAUAACCAAGAGUGUGUUUCUGGUGUAUUGUGGUGCUUGGGAAUUGUGUUUUUCGCCUCCUCGCUGGCUGCACUGGACGCGCACAGUGGUGUGGUGUUGUAGCACAGGGGGAGUGAGUUAUCCUGGCUGGAUUCCGACAACGACAGUUGGAACGAGUUUUGAUCACUUUUUGAGACCGAACGGUGCAAAUACGGUGAAGUUCGCUGUGGUUGAACAAGUUCGAAGCAAAUUAUAAAUCGUUCUGAAUCAGGACGGCAGCGUUGUCAUUCAGGUGGUGGUGAUUUGCUUGUCCGGAAGGCAAGAAGCGGAUUAUUCCCUAAAAACAAAAGGAAGGAAGAGAUUUUUAGCGCGUUUGCGCGCAAUUCCCUUCCAUUCCACCGGUUCUUGAGCAGUUGGUUGGUGACUCUGGUGCAAGUCCUGCUCCGUUGUUUGCUCAAGUGGUGAUCGAUAUCCUUCGCUGUGUGUUUUCUGCAGCAGAAGCAGCAGUUCUGAAUGAAGUGAACGGAUGCAACGUUCUGCUGUUGUUGACGGCGAUAAGAAGCCUUUCUGAAGGGAGAUGUACACGUAGCGGGCACGACGACCCCGGAAGAUAUCCUUCCAAGCGAAAUAAAAAAGGAAAAGUGUUUUAUUCCUCGUGAAGAAGCCGGUCAACGGCAAGGCUUGAAUGAAAAAUCAACCCACGGAGAAAAGUGAGUGAAGUGAAACAUAAUACACGACACGAUAGCGAUACGAAAGCAAAGAGUGAAGAAAGCACUGGAUGUAAAUAAAAUAUUCACGAAGAAACAGAAGGAAACGUACCCCGAGAGAGAGCACGGAGGGAAAAACGGGAUCAUAACCUGAGGGGUGCAGCAGAGCAGUGUGAUGUGUUUCUAGUGGCCUCCUCUAGCAGGGAAAGAAGUUGGAAUUUCCCAGUGUUUGUUUGCGAGUGUGUGCGUUUGUUGAAAUUCGUUUGCAUAGAAGACGACACCACCCCUGAAUUGAGGGAGGAUUCCUGUGACGAGCAUACAAACGGGGGAAAGAGAAUAAUAGAAAAAAGAUUUUGGCAAAGUUUUGACAGAGUUUGAUGCGGCAAUAAACUGAUUGACGAAUCAUCACAAACAUUGGCUGAGUUGGUGGAAAGUAGAACGUUUUGGAUUAUCAAUAAACUUUUAAGAUUUAUGCUGGCCGAGCACUGAUCGAAUGCACACGGGUUUUUCCUGCCAACAUAUGCUGUCUCUCUCUCGCUCACUCUAAAGCCAUUCUAACGACCGACCGACUGGCCGCCUGCCCGAGGUCUAGUCUAGUUUGCACCGUGAACCAACGCAGAAGUGAGCAGUUUUAAUUAUUACUUAAAGUUAAACUCUACCGAGCGUUUUUUUGGAAGCUGCCCCGCCUAACAGUAUUAGCAGAUGAACCAGGGUCAGAGUGCCGCGUUGUAAAAGUUGGCUGCAGCAGCAGCAGUUCACCCAUCGAAAUGCGAAACACGUGCAACGGCAGCGGGAAAGUGCAUCACAGCGUUAUGAAAAUUAAUUGAAUACAGAGAGAAUUUUCCAGCGCGCGAGAGGAAAAACCGGCAUCGCCUGGUGAGCUGUGUGGUGGUGAAAGUGCUGAAAAUUUAUAAUUAAAUUAGUGGAUGAUAGUUUUUUUGCUGCCCCUCUGGAUAGCUUGCAGAUUUUGGUUUUGCUGCAAACGCUGUGUUGUACGGCGCAAUGUGUGAACAUCGACGCCACGUGGUGCAACUUCCCGCAAAUAAUCGCUAAUAAGCUAAAAGUGUGAAAAUCUGAGGUAUUUUUAUGUGUUUAUUAUCCGGUGCUUUUGUGUUAGCCUAAUUGAAUGAAAUUAUCGCAAAUAUUGAAUUGGUGAAGCCCGGGAAAAUCCAACCGAGUGCGCGAAUUUUAAUGUGCCCAGCUUUGGGAUGGCCAGUGCCCGUGGGUUGUGGUCCAGACGGCCUUCGUCGCCAUCGUCGUGCGCCAUGCUAACGGUGCUGCUGUUUGUCUGUUUGGCCGGCCAGUUGGCCCGGUGCGAUCCGUACGGCGGUGGACACUUUGGCGGAGGAGGAGUCGGAGGGCUCGGCGGCAGCAGUGGCGGCCUGAAUGGCGAGCAGCAGCGGUGCCCCCGGUUGUGCUCCUGCACCGGACAGACCGUGGAUUGUUCGCACCGGGGGCUCACCCAGGUGCCCCGGAAGAUCCCGCUGGAUACCGAUAGACUAGACCUGCAGGGCAACAACAUCACCGUCAUCUACGAGUCAGAUUUCCAGAGUCUGUCAAAGCUGCGAAUAUUGCAGUUGACCGACAACCAAAUCUACACGAUAGAGAAGGACGCGCUGCUGGAUCUGAUUUCGCUGGAACGAUUACGACUUAAUAGCAAUCGCUUAAAAUCAAUACCAGAUAAUUUUUUAUCGAGCGCUGCUAAUUUAUUACGAUUAGACCUGUCGCACAAUGCCCUCGCAGCAAUCCCGAAACGCGCCUUCAAGGGUGCCACCUCGCUGCGAAGUCUCCAGCUGGACAACAACCAGAUCACGUGCCUCGACGAGCAGGCCAUCAAGGGUCUGGCCGAGCUGGAAAUCCUCACGCUCAACAACAACAACAUCACGACACUUGCCCGGGACAUGUUCACCGGGAUGCCCCGGCUGAGGGCGUUGCGCCUGUCGGAGAAUCCGUUCGCGUGCGACUGUCAUCUGUCGUGGCUGGCGCGCUAUCUGAAGAAUGCACCCCGGCUGGCCCCGUACACGCGCUGCCACUCGCCCAGCCAGCUCAAGGGCCAGAACGUGGCCGACCUGCACGACCAGGAGUUCAAGUGUUCGGGACUCACCGAGAACGCACCAAUGGAAUGCGGUGGCCGCAGCCUGUGCCCCCACCCGUGUCGGUGUGCCGACGGUAUCGUGGACUGCCGCGAGAAGAGCUUGACCAGCGUUCCGGCCACGCUGCCCGAGGACACCACCGAGCUGCGAUUGGAGCAAAACUACAUUACGGAAAUCCCACCGAAAGCGUUCGCGGCCCACCGGAGGCUCAAACGGAUCGACCUCUCGAACAACAACAUCUCCCGCGUGGCUUACGAUGCCUUCAGUGGCCUCAAAUCGCUCACUUCGCUUGUCCUUUACGGAAAUAAAAUCAAGGAUCUGCCGGCGAGUGUUUUCAAGGGAUUAACGUCCCUGCAGCUGCUGUUGCUGAACGCGAACGAGAUAACCUGCGUGCGGAAGGACGCCUUCAAGGAUCUGCAGAAUCUGAGCCUGCUCUCGCUGUACGAUAACAACAUCCAGACGCUGGCCAACGGCACGUUCGACGCGCUCAAGAGCAUCCAAACUUUACACUUGGCACGUAAUCCCUUCAUUUGCGAUUGUAAUCUCCGGUGGCUCGGCGACUAUUUGCAUCAGAACCCAAUUGAAACGAGUGGAGCCCGCUGCGACUCGCCGAAACGCAUGCAAAGACGCCGCAUCGAAGCGCUCAAGGAUGAGAAAUUCAAAUGUACGGAAGAUCACGCCAAAAUCAAGUAUGCCGGCGAGUGCCGCAUGGAUCAGGAGUGUCCGGCGGCGUGCCACUGCGACAGGACGACGGUGGACUGCUCGUCGCGCGGACUCAAGGAGAUUCCGCGGGAUAUUCCGCUGUACACGACGGAGCUCCUGCUUAAUGACAACGAGCUGAACCGCAUACGGUCGGACGGCCUGUUCGGACGGCUCCCCAACCUGGUCAAGCUGGAUCUGCGCCGCAACCAGAUCUCCGCCGUCGAACCGAACGCGUUCGAAGGUGCCACCAAGAUUCAGGAGCUGUUCAUCAGCGAGAACAAGAUCCCCGAGGUGCACAACAAGAUGUUCCUCGGACUGCACCAGCUCAAGACACUAUCGUUGUACGAUAACCUGAUCACGUGCGUCAUGCCCGGAUCGUUCGAGUUCCUGUCUUCGCUGACUCAAUUAAACCUCGCCUCGAACCCUUUCCGUUGCAAUUGCCACCUCGGCUGGUUCUCGGAUUGGCUCCGGAAGAAGCAACUGGGCGGACCGCCGGCUCGGUGCGCCUCCCCGGCCAAGGUUCGCGACGUGCCCGUCAAGGAUCUGCCCCACUUUGAGUUCAAGUGCACCUCGGACGCCGACCAGGGCUGCCUGGGCGAAGGGUACUGCCCGCCGUCCUGCACCUGCACCGGAACUGUGGUGCGCUGCUCGCGGAACAAGCUGAAGGAGAUCCCGAAGAGCAUUCCGUCGGAGACGACCGAGCUGUAUCUGGAAUCGAACGAAAUCUCAAUGAUCCAAAUGUCCCGGAUCAGCCACCUGAAGGCGUUGACGCGACUAGACUUGAGCAACAACAAGAUCAGCAUGCUGUCGAACCACACGUUUGCCAAUUUGUCCCGGCUGUCAACGCUCAUCAUCAGCUACAACAAUCUGCAGUGCGUGCAGCAGUACGCGCUGGCCGGGUUGAAGAACCUGAAGGUGCUGUCGCUGCACGGUAACCACAUCUCGAUGAUUCCGGACGGGUCGUUCGCGGAUCUGCAGGCCAUUACGCACAUCGCCCUCGGCAGCAACCCGCUGUACUGCGACUGCUCGCUCAAGUGGCUCUCCGAGUGGGUCAAGCGGGACUACGUCGAGCCGGGAAUCGCCCGUUGCGCGGAGCCGGACGCGAUGAAGGACAAGCUGGUUCUUUCGACACCGGCCGCGCAGUUUGUGUGCAAGGGCAAGGUCAGCAACGAAAUCCUAUCCAAGUGUGACGCGUGCUACACCUUCCCGUGCAAGAACAACGCCGUGUGCAAGGCCCUGCCGGAGCGCCAGUACGAGUGCCAGUGUCCGCCCGGGUACCACGGAGCGCACUGCGAGUUCAUGAUCGAUGCUUGUUACGGCAAUCCGUGCAGGAAUAACGGCACGUGUACGGUGAUGGAGGAGGGACGGUUCAGCUGUCAGUGUAUGUCCGGGUAUUCGGGGGCUAGGUGUGAGAUCAACAUCGAUGACUGUACUGGGCACAAGUGUUUGAACAAUGCUACCUGCGUUGAUGGGGUGAACUCGUACAGCUGUGGAUGUCUGCCGGGUUACACGGGUCCGUACUGUGAGUCUAAGAUUGAGUUCUGUGGACCGGACUUUAACCCGUGUCAGAAUGGAGCGAAGUGCGUGGACCAUUCGACGCACUACAGCUGCGAGUGUGUUCCGGGCUAUCGAGGCGUCAAUUGUACGGAUAACAUUGACGAUUGCGUGAAUCACAUGUGCCAGAACGGUGGAACGUGCCUCGACGGCAUCAACGACUACGUGUGCAAGUGUCCGUCGGAGUUUACGGGUAAAUUCUGCGAAGGAACUCCGAUGGUCGCAAUGUUGUACCCUCAGACGUCUCCGUGCCAGCAGCACGAGUGCAAGUUUGGAGUUUGCUUCCAGCCGAAUCCUUCCAGCGCGGACUAUAUCUGCAAAUGCGCUCCGGGCUAUUCCGGCAAGCGCUGUGAAUACCUUACAAGUUUAACGUUCCUGCACAACAACUCCUUCGUCGAGUUGGAACCGCUGCGAACAAAGCCGGAAGCGAACGUGACCAUUGUCUUCAGCAGCACGCAACAGAACGGAGUCCUAAUGUACGACGGAAACAACGAACAUUUGGCCGUUGAACUGUUCAACGGCCGCAUCCGGGUCAGCUACGACGUCGGCAACUAUCCGGUCUCAACCAUGUACAGCUUCGAGAUGGUCGCCGAUGGGAAGUACCACAUGGUAGAGCUGCUCGCGAUCAAGAAGAACUUUACGCUGCGCGUCGAUCGUGGCCUCGCCCGCUCGAUCAUCAACGAGGGCUCCAAGGACUUCCUGAAGCUGACGACGCCGCUGUACCUGGGUGGUCUGGCGCCCGAACCGGGCCAGCAGGCGUACAAGCUGUGGCAUCUGCGCAACCUGACCAGCUUCAAGGGCUGCAUGAAGGAGGUGUGGAUCAACCACAAGCAGGUGGACUUCCUGAACGCGGCCCGCCAGCAGAAGGUGACACCCGGCUGCGCCCUGCUGGACGCCGAAAGCGAGGGCGAGGUCGAGGAUGACUUUAUGCAGGAGACGCCGAUGAUACUGAGAGAGGUCGACCCGUGCGAGAACCACCAGUGCAAGCGCGGUGGCAAGUGCAUACCGAACGGCAAGGGUGGCUACUCGUGCAAGUGUAAGAACGGUGCCAAGGGCAAAUUCUGCGACCAAGGUGAGGGCUCGGUCUCGGUGGUCGUCGACGAGGACCUCCCCUUCAAAGCUCCCUCUUCCGGGUCCUCGACUUGUCGCAAGGAGCAAGUGCGAGAGUACUACACGGAGAAUGAGUGUCGAUCGCGGCAACCGCUCAAGUACGCCAAGUGCGUGGGCGGUUGCGGGAACCAGUGUUGCGCGGCCAAGAUCGUACGGAGGAGAAAAGUACGCAUGGUGUGCAGCAACAAUACCAAAUACAUCAAGCACCUCGAUAUCGUGCGCAAAUGCCAAUGUACAAAGAAAUGCUACUGACUGCAAGACGCGACUACCCAAACAACAUCAACAACAGCAACACCAUUAGCAGCAGUGCAAGUAGCAGGAUUCGAUAGCGUAGGAUUAGGUUCAUCUAGGUUAAGUGUAAUUAGCGAUAGGUUAGGGCGAGGGGAAAAUGCCAGCGAAGAGCGGAGGAGUGAUGAUAAUACGUGGGUCAAUUUCGAGACCGACUUUGACGAGGACGAGAUGAUGCAGAAUGAUGAUGCGGGAGCGGUCGCGGUUGCGACCGAGGAGCCGCUGGACGACUUCCAGAAGCUGAUGAAACAGCUGGAACAGAUGAAGGCAAAGCCGUUGUUUACGCAGGAGGAAGAGCAGGAGGUGAAGGAGGACGAUCAGCUGUUUGACGACGAUGAUUACGAGGACGUCGACUCCUUAAUUCGGAAGCAGAAGCAACAGCAACAGCGGGAUGAGGAAAGCAAGCGGAAGCUUUUCGACGACGAUGAUGACGACUAUUACGAUGAUUACAGCGAUGAGGAGGUGGACAGUAAAAAGGAUAAAGUGGAGGCAAAGUCGUCCACGGACAGUAAGAAUGUGAUGCAGGAUUUCAUCAAGGGAAAGACGGCGUCACAUCGGUUCAAAUCGCGCUUUGACGACUUUGCGGACGACGGCGAUGAGUUGCUGUCGUCUGGCAAUCGCAAGCUGCGCAAGAACGACUCGAUCAAGGUGAUCUCCACCCCGAACGGGAAGGUAGGAAUUGUGUACAAAGUGGAACCGAAGGCGCCCGAAGACGACAAAGCGAAGAAGAGUAGCGAGAGUCAGAGCGGGACGCCCGAGGUUCAGCAGAAAAUUACGCCGGUCAUAACGGCCGACGGCAAGGUGGCUCUCCUGUACCGUGGUGCCUCGGAUAACAGCGAAACCUUCCGAAACAAGUACGAGCCCAUUACCAAUAAGGACAUUCUGACACAACUGAUCGACAAUAAUAGCAACAACAAGAGUACUUUUAGUAGCAGUAGCGGUAACGCUAACAACAGUAUUAAAAAUAUUACCACUUUGAAUAGUAUUUAUAGUAGUAAUUACGAUAGUUAUGAUAGUUUUAAUAGAAACAGCAACAAUGUGAUCAUAGACCCGGCAACGGUCGAAUCUGAUUCGGUCGAAGGCUCAGUAAACCAUAGACAGCUCGCGAACGGCGCAGAACCGCAAGCGACGCCAUCCGCCGAGGUGGUGAACCCAAGUACUUUUACUACUACUGCCACUACAACUACUACCACUAUUGUUGCUGCUACCAGCAUCACAACCACAACAACGACAACGGCGUGGGAAGACACGCACCCGGACGAGAACGAAGGGCUUCUGCAGGAACGCGGUGGGGAGAACACCCUCCUCAUCAAUCGUCCCCUGUCGGAAGUGUUAGGCAUUAAGAAAAACCUGUACCUAGAUACUAGCGUCAAGAUACCAAAUAUCGAAACUUCAACCCACAAAAUGCGGAUAACGAACAACAACAAUCUGCUGUCCUCACUGCUGAACAGCAUCAACGGUACCAGUGAAGCUGCCAACAACACCGGCAACGCCAACAACCGCAUCAUCAGCAACUACGUGAGCAAAAACUUCCGCAACAACGCCAACGUCGAGUACGAAGAUCGCCUCUCCCUCGGUGACCGCGGUGGCUACAGCGUGAACGGGUUCAGUCGGUCUCGUUUCUACAUCAACCGGCGAACCACGCCAGCACUCCCACCGCGAGUCAUCAAGGAAGAAAGCGACGAAGAGUGGGCCACCAACGGGGACGACAACUCCGUACCGGAGGUGAUCAACCUCGCCAUCAUCCCCGCGUUCGAGCACGAGAUCGACGAAAAGUACAUCCGAGCGCAGCACGGCGACGACCACCACCGGCGCCAUCGGCAUCACUACGCCAACGGGGGCCACCCGAAGACAGUGCACUGUGCGAUGCAGGCCAUGGUCUCGUGCGUCGUGCUCGGGACGUUCUUUGGCAUCGCGGGUGCGUUCUUCCGGACGAGGGUGCUCGACCGCGUGCUGAAUUGGUAAAAUUUGUCUGGUAUUCAAUCGACGGCGAGAUCGCGAUUGAAUACCAACCCUCACAACAACAGUGCCAGCUUAAACCUGGUGAGCUUAAUCCUAACCACGUAAGAUACAAACAGUGACUGUAUGUGUUGAAUGUCGUAGUUCACAGAUGGAACUAGAGAGAUUACGUGUGUCAAACAGACUGGACCCCCGUAGAUAUCAUCAUUCGUCGUCGCUGACGCAUUUCCCCUUCGAACGUUGAAUGUAUAAAUAACAAAUAAUACGAGAGUGUCUAACCAACAGUUUCCAGCCCCCCAAAACGACGACGAAACUUCUGCUUCUGUUAUUUCAUUGUCGAAAUCGGAACGAGAAACAAAAGUGGUUAUUUUACUGGGAACGCAAUUGUUAUAUAGGUAGAAUUAAACAAAAAAAAAACUAAUUUAUUGGAGCAAAGCGCAACCAUACAAAAAAUCGUCACUUAUGUCAAUAGUUGUAACAUAUUUUUGUAAAUCUUACUUGCCACACAGAAAAACAAACACACAAUUGGACGUUGCAUUUGACAAUUGUACACCGAAUCCAUAAUCAGAAACGAACAAAACUAUGAUUAAAAUGCUAAUGGGAAAACAAACAAAAAGGGUAGUCGCGGAAUCGUUAUUUUUUGAAAACAAGUCAAUGAGAGUAGAAAUUGAACGAGCAUUUAUUUAACUGAUAGAAAGUAUGGAUAGAAAACUGUUUUUUAAAACACGCAAGGUGAAAUAGCAGAAACACAGGAACGUGUCGUUGCAAAAACAGCAAACAUUUCGGUAACGCGUCGAAAGAACGAACAAACAAAAAACUGUAAAUUUUGCCUUUUUAAACGAAGAACAUUUGAUAGAAACGAAAGAUCAUUCAAAGAUUAAUGCAAAUGAAGAGAAGAAAAAACGAAGGUGAACUAAAAUUAUCAUAUAAAUAUUUUUUAAAAGCGCUGAAAGUACGAGCAAGCAAGCAUAUAAAUUGGAACGUAUAUUUUAUUAAACUGUGCGAAAUUGUAGCUAAAGAAGGAUCCUGUUAAUUAGUUUUGGCAGAGAGUAUUUAUUAUCACGAUAAUCCUGAUUUUAUUUCAUACACACCUAAGAAUCCCUAUACUCAAAUCUAAAAACAAGAAAAAACAACAGUGGUGUCUCCUAAUGUAACCCGUAGACUAUGUGACGAACGUUACACAAACAAGCAUGGUAAACGAAGUUAGCAACUAAGCAAAACAAGGCAAACACUGUAUCUUUUAAUCGAAUAUACUCAGAUGUAUUUCUACCGACGUGCGAACACUCACACAAACACUCACACACACUAUUCAACAAACUUCACUAUUCUUGUAUCCUUUAUAAACCACAUCGCUCAUAAUCAUUUCCCUCCUCCUCCUAGCGCAAAACCAAACGCAAAUCAUAGAAACAAAAGUCAAGCAUGGAUCGAAAAUAAACUACAGAACAACAACACCGAAAACAGUACGGUCUAUCUGAAAGA